CAAGGUUGACUCCAUCAAUAUCAAUUACUGUAUUUGGCCAACACCAUACUUUGUUUAGUAUCUGGGACGAAGAAAGAAAAAACCAGUGUGCACUUGUUCCAAUCCAACUCCAUAUUUUGUCUGAGUUGUUUUGGAGUUUUUAAAUUCAAUAUGCUGUUUUUCUCUGUCUCUUGUUUAUGUCUUUGUGUGAUGUUUUACUUUGUCUUGAGGAUAGUUAAAAGACAAAAACCUGUUGAGGAAGAACUCUCGUUAGACAACAGCACUCCUCAAAUAAAGUAUGAUGUUUUUGUGAGUUUUAGAGGUGAGGACAUCCGCGACGGGUUUCUUAGCCAUUUGGUUAUGGAUUUUGAAAGGAAGAAAAUAAAUGCUUUCGUAGAUGUUAAACUUGAGAGAGGAGAUGAAGUAUGGUCAUCACUUGUACGAGCAAUUAAAGGGUCUUCCAUUUCAUUGAUCAUAUUCUCACAACACUAUGCUUCUUCUCGUUGGUGUUUACAAGAACUUGUCACAAUACUUCAAUGUAGAGAUAAGUUUGGACAGAUUUUGAUCCCUGUUUUCUACAAAGUGGAACCCACAGAUGUACGACAUCAAUCAUCCAAGAGUUACCAAGAUGCAUUUGCUAAGCAUCAGAGAAAAUAUCAGACCAACAGGGUGCAAAUCUGGAGAGAUUCUUUGAAGAAAUCUACUAUAAUAUCAGGAAUUGCAUCAUCAAAAUAUCAGGAUGAUGCUGAGCUGGUUAAAGAAAUAGUGAAGGUUGUUCUGGAAAAGUUGGCUAAACCCUCAGUUAACCUGAAAAGAUUGGUUGGAAUUGACGAAAAAAUUGCAACUGUUGAAUCGCUGAUAGGAAAAGAACCAGAAGACACUCGACUUAUUGGAGUUUGGGGCACGGGAGGUAUGGGCAAAACAACUCUCGUGGAAGAAGUGUUUAAUAAACUGAAGUUUAAAUAUGACGGUUCUUACUUUUUAGCCAAUGAGAGAGAUCAAUCAAACAAACAUGGAAUAAUUCCUUUGAAGAAAAGUAUUUUCUCUAAAUUAUUAGGAUAUGAUGUGGAUAUUGACACACCAAAUUCGUUGCCCGAAGAUGUUGUUAGGAGAAUUGGUGGUAUGAAAGUUCUUAUUGUUCUUGAUGAUGUGAAUGAUUUAGAAGACCUAGAGAAAUUACUGGGAUCUGUUGAUAACUUUGGAUCAGGUAGUAGAAUAAUUGUAACAACCAGAAACAGGCAAGUGCUUAAGGCUAACAAAUUUGAUGAGGAAUACCAGCUAAGAAAAUUCAGUUCCGAGGAAGCACUCGAACUUUUCAAUUUGAAUGUUUUUAACCAAAAAGAUCAUCAAAGGGAAUACAAUGAGCUUUCUGAAAGGGUGGUGAAUUAUGCCCAAGGCGUUCCUUUAGUAGUGAAAGUUUUGGCUGGUCGUUUACGUGGAAACGAAAGGGAAGUAUGGGAAAGUGAAUUAGACAGGCUUAAGAAAAUGCCUCUUAGAGAAGUUUAUGAUGUCCUAAAAUGGAGUUAUAAUGAUCUAGAUCGUAAAGAGCAACAAGUUUUUUUAGAUCUGGCAUGUUUCUUUCUUAGAUUGCGAAAAUCAGUGAAUGUGGGUUCUCUAAAAUCAUUGUUGAAAGAUGGAGAAAGCGACAAUUCAGUGGCUGUUGAUUUGAAAAGGCUUGAAGAUAGAGCUCUUAUAACAAUUUCUAAGGAUCACAGUUUACAUGAAAUGGCUUUGGAGAUUAUUCAAUCAAAGUCAAGUGAGGAGAGUUUUGUUUUUAUGCAUGACAGUGUACAAGAAAUGGCUUGGGAGAUUGUUCGUAGAGAGUCUAGCACACAAGGAAACCGUAGUCGAUUGUGGGAUCCUGAUGAUGUUUAUGAAGCAUUGAAAAAUAAUAAGGGAAAUGAGGCCAUAAGAAGCAUAAGAAUUCAAUUGUCAACAAUUAAGAAACAAAAGUUAAGCCCUCAUAUAUUUGCCAAGAUGAGCAUACUACAAUUUCUGGAAAUUUCUGGGAACUGCAAUGAUGAUUUGUUCCAUCAACAUUAUAUUCUUGCUGAAGGACUUCAACUAUUGGUGACUGAGCUAAAAUUUCUUUACUGGGAUCGUUAUCCUCUAAAAUCCUUGCCAGAAAAUUUUUCUACCGAAAAGCUUGUAAUAUUGUCAUUGCAACAAGCCAACAUAGAAAAACUUUGGGAUGGUGUGAAGAAUUUGGUAAAUUUAAGAGAACUUGACCUCAAUAGUUCUCGCAUGUUAAAGGAGCUACCAGAUUUAUCAAAAGCCACAAAUCUUGAAGUAUUGGAUCUCAUGUGUUGCUCUAUGGUUAAUGCACUUCCCUCAUCAUUUAAACAUCAAAGCAAGCUUAGAAUUUUAGAUAUGAGCUAUUGCAGCAAGCUUCAAAAUAUAUCAGAUCUUCCCUUGUUACUAAAGACUCUAGAUGUUAAUAGUUGCAAAUCUCUUCAAACUCUACCAGAGUUUCCUGUGUCCCUUGAAACUUUAGAUGUUAGAGGUUGUAAUUCUCUUCAAACUCUACCAAAUCUCCCCCUAUCCCUUCAAGUUCUAGACAUAGAAUUUUGCACUUCACUUCUAACUCUACCAAAGCUUCCUCCAUCCCUCAAGAUUCUCAAAGCAACAAAAUGUGAAUCUCUCCAAGUUCUACCAAAGCUCCCCCUAUUCUUAGAAACACUAGAAGCCACAAACUGUGAAUCUCUUCAAACUCUACCAGAGCUUCCCCAAUUACUUGAAACUUUAGACGUCAAUGGUUGUAAAUCUCUACAAACUUUACCACAGCUUCCCAUGAACCUUAAAAUUAUGGAUGUUAGACAUUGUGAAUAUCUUCAAGCUCUUCUAAAUCUUCCACUAUCCCUUGAAAGUCUAGAUUGUACAGGUUUGGAAUCUCUCCAAGCUCUACCAAAGUUUCCACAGUUCCUUAAAACACUAGAUGUCAGUGGUUGCAAAUCUCUUCAAACUUUACCAGAGUUUCCCUUGUUCCUUGAAAAUCUAGAUGUCAGUGGUUGUGAAGCUCUUCAAACUUUGCCAAAGCUUCCUAUGGGCCUUAAAUCUCUAGAUGUUAGUGGUUGUGUAUCCCUUCAAAUGUUACCUGAGCUACCUCUAUCCCUUGAAACUUUAGAUGUCAGAGGUUGUGAAUCUCUUCAAAUUCUACCAAAACUUCCCAUAUCCUUAGAAACUAUAGAUGUCAGAGGUUGUGAAUCUCUUCAAACUUUACCUGAGCUUCCAUUGUCCCCAAAAGCUCUAGAUGUCAAAGACUUUGAACUUCUUCAAACUCUACCAGAACUUCCCCUAUCCCUUGAGACUUUAGAGGUCAUGAAUGGAUGUGAAUUUGUUCAAGCAAUAACAGAUCUUUCAUUGUCAAUUGAAACUCCAGAUACAAAAUUAAGCAUUUCACUAAAGAAUGCAAAAAAUCUUCCUUCAUCUCUUAAAACACUACAAGUCACUGACUGUGAGUCUCUUCAAACCUUACCUAAGCUUCCUCAUUCCCUCAUAACACUAAACACCCAAUGUUGCUCUUCACUUCAAACACUACCUGAGCUACCACAAUCCCUCAAAACCCUAAGUGUCAAAAGUUGUCAAUCAUUUCUAUGUCUACCUGAGCUACCAUUAUGCCUUGAAACACUGGAAGUCAAAAAUUGUGAAGCUCUUCAAAAUUUUCCAAGACUUCCCCGAUUCCUUAAAACUCUGGAUGUCAAUGGUUGCAAAUCUCUUCAAACAUUACCAAAUCUUCCCUUGAGGCUUGAAACUCUAGAUGUCAGAGAUUGUGAAUCUCUUCAAGCCAUACCAAAGCUCCCAUUGUCCCUGGAAACUUUGGAUUUGAGAGGAUGUGAAUCUCUUCAAAAGCUACAAAACCUUCCCUUAUCUCUUGAAACUCUAGAUGUCACAGGUUGUGAAUCUCUUCAAAUUUUACCCGAGUUUCCCCAAUCUUUGAAAACUCUACAAUGCACAAAAUGUGAAUCUCUUCAAACUUUACCACAACUUCCCCAAUCACUUAAAACUUUAGAUGCUAAUGGCUGCAAAUCUCUUCAAACUCUACCAAAGCUUCCCCUAUCCCUUGAAACUUUAGAUGUUAGAUGUUGUGAUUCUCUUCUAACUCUACCAGAGCUUCCUCUUUCACUUCAAAAUCUGGAUGUCCGAGGUUGUGAAUCCCUUGAAACUCUACCAAAGCUUCCCAUGACCCUUAAAUCAUUAGAUUUUAGAGCUUGUGAGUCUCUUCAAACACUACCAGAACUCCCCUUGUCCCUUGAAAAUCUAGACGUUCGAGGUUGUGAAGCUCUUCAAAGUCUACCAAAGCUUCCAUUUUCAUUGAAAAUUCUAGAAGCCACAGAAUGUGAAUCUCUUCUAACUCUUCCAGAGCUGCCCCCAUCCCUUAAAAUUCUAGAUGUUAAUGGUUGUAAGUCUCUUCAAUUUCUACCACACCUUCCCCAAUCCAUUGAAAUUCUAGAUAUCAGAGGUUGUGAAUCUCUUGAAACUAUACAAGAGUUUCCCUUGUCCCUUGAAAUUCUAGAUACAGAAUUGUGCACUUCACUUCAAACUUUUCCUAAGCUUCCCUCUUCUCUUAAAACUCUUGAAGCAACAGUUUGUGAAUCUCUUCAAACUUUACCAGAGCUUCCUUGGUCCCUUCAAACUCUAAAUGUCCAGCAUUGUUCUUCACUUCAAAAUUUACCAGAACUUCCCAUAUCCCUUAAAACUCUAAAUGUAUCAUUUUGCCAAUCACUAGAGAGUCUACCGAAGCUUCCACUAUCCCUUGAAACUCUAGAUGUCAGUGGCUGCAUUUCAAUUCAGACUUUACCAAAGCUUCCCCUCUCACUUAAAGCUCUAAAUGCUAAAGACUGUGAAUCUUUGAAGACCGCGUUGUUUCCUUCAACAACAGUUGAACAACUAAAGGAAAAUAGAAAAUGGCUUCUGUUCUGGAAUUGCUUGAACUUGGAUGAACAUUCUCUACUUUCUAUUGGGUUGAAUGCACGAAUCAACGUUAUGAAGUUUGCAAAUCACCACCUAUCUUCACCAAAUCAUGAUGAUCUUGAAAAUUACAAUGACUAUGAUGAUAAAUAUGGUUUUUAUCAAGCUGGUUACAUGUAUCCAGGAAGCAGUAUCCUAGAGUGGUUGGAGAAUAAGACAACAGAGGAUUAUUUAGUCAUUGAUCUGUCUUCUCAUGCAUUUUCCCACAGAUUGGGCUUUAUUUUCUGCUUCAUCCUUGGUCAGUGUGAAGAGACAGAGAUGUUUGAAAAACUUGAAGUUAACCUCAUCGUAAGUGAUGGUGAUGGAGAGGGUCAAAAGGACAGUGUUGGAAUGUACAUAGAUAUUGGGUCCUGGACAAUUGAAUCAGAUCAUGUGUGUGUGAUAUAUGACCAAAGAUGUUCUGAGAUGCUAAACAAGAGAGCUAAAAUUCAAAUAAGGUUAAAAAUCCAGGUUUCAAUUCAAACCAGUGACACAGGAACUACCAUACUGUCCAAUCCUGCUUUAAAAGGAUUUGGGGUAAGCCCUGUUAGCACCUCAGCAUAUAAAAGUUUCAUUCAACAAAUGGGAUUUCAUGACUCAAUGUUUCAAUUUCAUCAAUCAAAUUGAGUUGAGUUGUUCUUCUUAUCAUCCAGGUAUUUCUUCAACUGGUUUAAAAUCAAAUAUCUGAUUUAGAAAAAUAUGUAUUAUUUCAAAUUAUAAGAACACAGUGACCUAAGACAUUCAAGUUGUUAACGUUAAUUUCCGAGUUCAUGUGAGAAUCAGUGUACAAUUUCAUUAAACAAAUGGAUCUUGGUUGUGCCUCAUAAUUUCCAGGUAUUUUUAUUUAAACGAGUGUUGAUCACUUUGCGUUGUAAGAACAUUCAUUUUGUAAGAUACGGAGGAUUUUUGUGGUUUUGCAACUCAUAAGUCACAGAAUUGAGUAUGAUGAGACUAUGAUAAUGAUCAAAUGGUUAAAUUUAUCAUA